AUGUCCUCCUUCGAGCCUGUCGUGGUCAUUGACGGCAAGGGCCAUCUGCUCGGCCGCCUCGCCAGCACCGUCGCCAAACAACUCCUCAACGGGCAGAAGAUCGUGGUCGUCCGUUGCGAAGCCCUCAACAUCUCCGGCGAAUUCUUCCGAUCAAAGCUGAAGUACUCCGCCUUCCUCCGCAAGCAAACCCGCUUCAACGCCACCCGUGGAGGUCCAUGGCACUACCGCACCCCGGCCAAGAUGUUCUGGCGUACGGUCCGCGGCAUGAUGCCGCACAAGACCGAGCGCGGCGCCAAAGCGCUCGAGCGCCUGAAGGUGUUCGAGGGCAUCCCCCCGCCAUAUGACCGGAAGAAGCGCAUGGUCGUGCCGGCGGCGUUGAGAGUGUUGAGGUUGAAGCCGGGCAGGAAGUACUGCACCGUUGGCCGACUGGGGCAUGAGUUUGGGUGGAAGUACAGGGAUGUUGUUGAGAGGCUCGAGGAGAGGAGGAAAGUCAAGGGACAGGCGUACUAUGAGCGCAAGAAGGCGGCGAGGAAGAUGCUGGCGGAUGCCAAGCAGAACGCGGGUGUCAGCGACGAGACGAAGCAGCAGCUGGAGAGCUUGGGAUACUAG